AGUAUUAGCUGUCGUUACGGGAGUAAGAUGUCAACAGAUAAGCUAACGUACAGUCGCUUGGUGCCCGAGAGGGGAACCCGCGGCCGCCGGGAGCGAACAAGCGGCCUGCCCGGGGCUUGGGUAGCGCUGCUGCUGGGGGCGGGCGCGGUAGUCGCCUCCGCUGCGGUGGUGGCCGUGAUCUUGCAGAACAUCGGACACGAGAUGGGAGAUCUCCGGGAAAACAUCGCUAAACUCCAAGCCCGCGCGGACAGUGCAGAGAAAGACCUAAAAGAGGCGCAAGCACGGGCAGAGAGAGACCUAAAGGAGGUACAAGCACAGGCAGAGAGAGACCUAAAGGAGGUACAAGCACAGGCAGAGAGAAACCUAAAGGAGGUACAAGCACAGGCAGAGAGAGACCUAAAGGAGGUACAAGCUCGGGCAGAGAGAGACCAAUCCAAACUCCUACAGGAGAUCAUGUCCCUGAGAGAGAGGGUUGUUGUGCUGGAAAGUUUUCCACCAAGUCACGUCGAAAAACAAACGUCUGACACCGGUCCUGUUUCGUACCCUGAGGGGGACUCUGGUGACAUCGACACAGGUGUGCAGAGCCGUAAUGACACGCUAGGGGGACUUCUGUACCGCCACAAGAGGGAGGCACCGAACGCAAACUGGGUCCGACUUCCCGCCAGCACAUGCCAAGCCGGUCGAGACGGACGCGAUGGCAUUCCGGGUGCUUCCGGACUCCAGGGUCCACCUGGACAGAAGGGAGACCUUGGACAGCCUGGAACUAAAGGGGCCCGGGGAGCGGGAGCAAAGGGGGCCAAAGGAGACACCGGACUGCAAGGGUCCAAAGGACAGAAAGGCUCACAAGGGGCUUCUGGAAACAACGGUGAAUAUACCAUAUCAUUCUAUGGGUUGUUAUUAUGUACAGGAGGUGCUGUUUACGUACGCUGGGGUAGGAAGACAUGUCCCUCGGGAGGCGCAACGAUAGUCUACUCUGGUGUGGCAGGAGGAACACAUUACGGUCAAACUGGCGGCGGAACCAACUACCAGUGUCUGCCGACCGACCCGCAAUGGGGGCGCUACGAGAACGGAGUCAGUGGCUUCAGUGCAUUCAUGUACGGCGCUCAAUAUCGGGUAGCCACCAACGUCCCAUUCGGCUCCACAUACCUCAAUGCCCACGACGUCCCGUGUGCGGUCUGCUACGUCCCAACCCGCGGCAGUAAGUUGAUGAUCCCCGCCCGAAACACCUGUUACAGCGGCUGGACAGAGGAGUACGCUGGGUAUCUUAUGGCUAGUUCGUACGUCCACAAUGCCACAGAGUAUGUCUGCGUGGAUAACAACCCCGAGACCGUACCAGGCGGACAAGACAACCAGGGCGGAGCGUGGUUCUACCCCGUGGAAGCCCGCUGUGGGACCCUGCCCUGUCCCAACUAUGUGGAAGGGCGGGAGCUCACCUGUGUGGUCUGCACCAAGUGAAACUUUAACUUCAAGACUUGUGGGGUCGUGUGGCACAACGGCAGAGUGCGCGACUCGGAAUCAAGAGGUCCCGGGUUCAA